AAUGGCAAUGUCAUACACAUUCAAAUUGGCGCCACAUUGAUGAAAGUAUUGACAAGACGUGUAACUUGGCGGAAGUUCUUGGAUGAGAAUGCAGCCUUCAGUCCUGAGCUGACAAUUUGGACGUGGCAUUGAGCAAGGUGUUAAUUAGAAAAACCCUGCGCGCUUACAUAAUCUGAAAGUUGGUUGCCUUGUUGCACGUUGUUCAAGUACUCAAGUUGGUACGACGAGCACAGUGAGCUCAUUCAAAGACUGCGAUGCCCAUCAAGCACCUGGAAAACUACCUCUCCGAGCGGAAGCACACACAGUCAUUUGCUCUGUCUGUGUUAUCCGACUCACGGCUAGGAAUUGAUGCUUCUUACUACCUCAAAAUAUUGACGGAUAACCCACCCUCACGCGAGCCUCUUCUCGCUGCGACUGGUGGCUUGCCCUUGGCGCUAACGACACGCAUCGAGUCUGAUUUGCGUACGCUCGAAAAACUACGAAUAAAACCUGUGUUCGUUUUUCCUGGCCUUUUACCAAGCAAGCGCUGGAAGCAAUACCAACAUCACGUGGAGCACAACGAUGGAUGCAGGGACCGGAGGGAUGCUUGGGCAAAAUACGAGGCUGGCCAGGAAGAAUCCGCUAUAAAACUGUUCGAGGGCAGAAGUGGGCUCCAGCAAUGGGACUUAUGGCGCAUGGUCUUGAGGAUAUUCAGACAUAGGAAUGUUGAGUUUUUGGUUGCUCCAUACGUCGCUUGGGCUCAGUUGAUUUAUAUGCAACGACACCCGAAAUCAUAUAUCCAUGCGAUCUUUGGACCGACAGACACCCUACUCUAUCCAGGUGUAGACAAAUUGAUUACUUCGCUGGAUCUCACCUCUGCGACACCAUCUUUUUCCUUCGUAUCCAAACGCACUAUCUUGAAUGACUUGGGCCUUAGCGAGGACCAAUUCCUUGAUGUUGGCAUCCUUGUUGGUUUCGAGCACUCGCCACCAUUUCCACCAACUGUGCAUGAACAAGCAUUGAAGGCUACGGUUGACAUGGUCAAAUACUACAAGUCUGGCCAUGCUGCCGUUUCUGCAUUCGCGGAACAUCCCGCAGUCAAGAGUAUGCAGUAUCCCGAUCAGUACGCGCGCACGCGCUCGAUGAUCAAAUACUCUCUCAUAUUCUCUUCUGAGGGAAGUGUUACGCCACUUCCCCUUGCAAUCACCACACCAGCACACGGUCCUAAUCAUCCCCACCAUCCGACAGCUGCGGAUAUUCCUUCAGAUCUUCAUGAAAUAUUCACCCACCGUCUUCCCGACGAAAUCUAUUUCUAUCUCUCACGUGGACUCUUGGGGCCUCAAGCGCUCGUUUGGUUGACUAGUGGUCAGAUCGUCGAACCACCACCGCUUGAUAACGGGCCACGCGCGACCGCUCUCGCGCUCAUUAGCAGCGUUUCCCAUCAAUUUUGGAACAAUCGGAAAGUUGCGGGCAACUUUUGGUUUGAGAGCCCCGCACCUCACGGUCAGAAGUUUGUGCAACAUAAUUCACCACAAACUGUACAGCUUGCCGAACGCGUGGCGGGCUGGAACGUUAGCUAUGCAAUUGUGGAGGAAGAGCUCCGGAGACAGAACUCUUCCACCAUUGAUUUCGCACUUUGCCUUGGAGCGACAGCAACGGAAAAACUUGCAUCGCGUACCAAGGGAAAGUCAAGCGUCCCGAAUGGGCAAUUGGACAAAAAGGAUGAGGUCGUCGCUAAUGUGGUAUGGCGGUUCCUGGAACUCAGAGGAUUCCUCCUCAACUCUCACACACACUCGCCACUAGCGCGCGCCAUGUACACCGCAAUUAAACAAGCCCGUUUGAAUGACAAAUUCCAGGAUCCUCUGUAUCUGUUUCUGGAGCUGGUAAGGGCUGGGGUAAUGCACGGUCACUUAUGGUCAGGCCGAGCGUUCAGUGGGGGACCAAGUUUCGGGACCGAUGAUGAGAAAUCUUGCAUGCUGCUGGUCAUGAGAGUGCUCAGCAUCGUGCCUUUGAACUUCAAGCCACAACCAUGGUCGGCACCAUUAUCACGUGAAUUACUGGUAUUCAACUCAUUUGUGCGUUCAUUGACUCGGGCGCUUCGAACGCUACUUGAGGUGACGACACUGAACAUGUUACUGCGUUCGGACGCACGCCGAGCACGGGAAGAUCUUUUGGACAUUACUAUCUCCCUGCCUUUCCAAUCGGAGGUAAACACUGGAUUCGGAGUACUUGCCAAGGUGUACCUGGAUGCCCUGACACACCUCAAUAAUCAAACGCGAGUACUAGACCCUAACGCAGAAGGCGUUAGAGAGUCGAAGGCGAUGGCCCUUGAGAUAUGUGAAGACACGUUUCCGGGAGUGAAAAACCCGAAACAAGAAGUGGAACGAGGAUUCCGGUUCUGGGACAUUGCGCUGUCUGCCAUGAGGCAACUUCACUCAGAGGGUGCUGUCCUUCGCGAGUUGAUUGACCAGUUUGAAGCAGCGGAGGCGUGGCUUGCGCCGAUGCGGCCAUGAGAUUAUCGAUUGGGCAUGUCCAAGAUUGAAUAUGAUAGGCACUUGAUUGACACUUGAAAAUAUUUUUCGAUCGCACUGAGGGUGGGUGUGGUGAGCCCUGUUGAGGUGUUGUGUAGUUUCGAAUAGAAUAUAGCCUAUUGUGACAGUGCGAUUUAUUCGGAAGUAAGGAAGCGAUCAAUUACAAUGGAACACAAAGGCCGUUAGAAAGGAUACAAGGAGCGACGGAGGAGACGAUGGGAAAGGAAUG